UUCUAUCAAGAAAUUAACGAAUUAGUCAACAGCAUUAGCUUCUUCUAUACUAUCCUCCAACCGAUCACGACAACCAUCAAUCACACACUACUCUUAACUUUCCACCAACAUGAGAAUCUUCUUCAACCACCUUAACUACCUCAUCAUCAUUCUUAUUAUCACUCCACCAGCCUCUUCCGACACUUUAACGGGAAAACAAAUCCUCAGAACUAACCAAACUCUAUUGUCACAAAACCAAACCUUCGUGCUGGGCUUCUUCACAGGUUCCAACACCAAUUAUUACCUCGGAAUAUGGUACAACAACAUCAAUCCUCAAACAAUAGUUUGGGUUGCAAACAGAGACAACCCCAUUGACAACUCUACAGGCUAUCUCAAGAUCGGAGACAAGGGAAACUUUGUUCUUCUCAAUUCAUCCGGGAACCCCGCAUGGUCCUCCAACCAAACCAACGCCAUGAAUCCAGUUCUCCAGCUCCUCGAUACAGGUAAUCUUGUUCUCAAGGAUUCAUCAGACACGACCAAUAGUAACUACUUAUGGCAGAGCUUCGAUUAUCCAACCGAUACCAUGUUACCGGGGAUGAAGCUUGGUUGGAACUUGGACACAAGAACAGAGAAGCACUUAACAUCAUGGAAGGUCGCAGGUGAAGACCCUUCAAGCGGUGACUACACUUUGAAGAUAGAUUACCAUGGUUUACCAGAUAUUUUCAUCAGGAGAAACCAAACUAUAAUAUUCCGAACUGGUGAUUGGAAUGGUGAGAGAUUCACUGGGGUCCCAGGGAUGGGAGACAACAUAAAUGAAAUCAAGUACAAUUUCACUUAUGAUGAGCAUGGUGUGUGGUACUCUUACUCCGUUACAAUAGCUUCCUUGUUGUCGAGGUUAAUCCUGACAUCUGAUUCUGAUGGCCAGUAUCAACGCUACAUGUGGAUACAAGGAACAUGGAGCAAGUUCUCGUACGUACCAGCGUAUCAAUGCGAUUACUACAGAGUGUGUGGUUCAUAUGGAGUGUGUGACAAUGAUGCUUCGCCGAUUUGCACUUGUGUGCAGGGGUUCAGGCCUAAGAACCAAGAAGCUUGGAACUUGAGAGAUGGGUCUGAUGGGUGUGUGAGGAAGACGGUUUUGAAUUGUUCGACUGACAAGUUCUUGCAUCUUGAGAACAUGAAGAUGCCGGAGACAAGCAGCGUGUUUGUGAAUAAGAGUAUGACACUUGAUGAAUGUGGGAGUUUGUGUAAGAGGAAUUGUUCAUGCACUGCAUAUGCAAACAUCGACAUCACAAAUGGAGGAAGUGGCUGUGUUAUGUGGCUUGAUCAACUCUUUGACAUGGUUGUCUUCCCUAAGAAUGGCCAAGAUCUCUAUGUCAGACUGGCCGCUGCUGAUAUAGGAUCUACUAGCUCCAACAAGAAUCAUAGAGUAGAUCUGGCUAUUGGCAUCACACUUAGUGCACUUGUUUUAGUUUUGGGAUUGGUUGCUAUUUGUUACUUAAGGAAGAAGAGCAAACAAAAAUCAAGAGGUUUUGUCCACAGAAGUCAUGAAUUCUUAAUGAAUGAGGUGGUGCCUUCUGUUGAAAGGAACAUGGAUGAUUUAGAAUUGCCAAUGUUUGAUUUUGAUACUUUAACAAUGGCUACAAACAAUUUCUCUCAAAAUAAUAAACUUGGAGAAGGAGGCUUCGGUAAUGUUCAUAAGGGUAGAUUGGUUGAUGGUCAAGAAAUUGCUAUAAAAAGAUUAUCAAAAGACUCUGGACAAGGAAUAGAAGAGUUUAAGAAUGAAGUCAAGUUAAUUGUCAAACUACAACACCGAAAUCUUGUUCGGUUGCUUGGUUGCUGCAUUGAGAAGGACGAGAAGAUAUUGGUUUAUGAGUAUAUGGAAAAUAGAGGCCUGGAUUCCGUUUUGUUUGACAAAUCAAAAGGACCUUUGCUUGAUUGGAAAAAACGUUUCAAUAUUAUAUAUGGUAUAGCUAAAGGGCUUCUAUAUUUGCAUCAAGAUUCAAGAUUUCGAAUUAUUCAUAGAGAUCUUAAGACAAGUAACAUAUUACUAGAUAGUGAAAUGAAUCCAAAGAUAUCAGACUUUGGGAUGGCUAGAAUUUUUGACGAAGAUCAAAUGCAAGCAAAAACACGUAGAAUUGUUGGAACAUAUGGUUAUAUGUCUCCAGAAUAUGCUAUGGACGGAAAUUUCUCGGUAAAAACUGAUGUUUUUAGUUUUGGAGUUCUAGUAUUGGAGAUCAUAACUGGAAAGAAGAAUAGAGGGUUUUACAUUGAUAACGAUGAAUUGAAUCUUUUGGGAAAUGUAUGGAGGCAUUGGCAUGAAGGAACUGUAUUGACAUUGAUUGAUCCAUCCAUUGGCAAUUCAUACAUAGAGUCUGAUGUUAUAAGAUGCUUACAUAUUGGACUUUUAUGUGUUCAAGAACAUGCAGAAGAUAGACCAACAAUGUCUUCAGUGAUCUUCAUGUUAAAUAAUGAAGUUCCAUCAUUGUCAUAUCCUAAAAAUCCUGGAUUUUUUGCAAGAAAAAGUCAUCCAGAGACCGAUUCAUCUUCAAAUAAACAAGAUGAAAUAUGGAGUGUGAAUCAAGUCACAACGACAAUGUUAGAUGCUAGAUAAUUAAAGAAAAAGGACAUCAUCCAUGUUUACUUUUGUAUAUAUUCUGAUCUCAAACUUUAAAAAAGAAAAUAGAGACACAUUCUACUUCCA